AUGUGGAAUGAAGAAAAUAGCAGAGUGAAGUGUGACUCCAAGCCAGAGAACUUGGAAACUCUUAAGAACAGGACAAGAGUCAAGGAAUUCUGGAUUCUCGGAUUUGAGAACGCUCGCAACUUUAGGAUUCUACUCUUUCUUCUGUUCCUCGUAGUUUACAUUGUGACAGUAUCUUCUAAUUUCAUGAUCGUCUUGUUGGUGUACUCGUCCCACCACAUCUACUCUCCAAUGUACUUCUUUCUUAGCCAUUUGUCUCUGAACGAUAUCCUCCUCACCACAAAUAUUGUCCCUAAAAUGCUUUCUGUUGAGUUAAGACAGGGAAGUGCCGUGUCCAUCGCUGGCUGCUUCACCCAGUUUUACUUCUUUCAAACAUCGGCUAUCACAGAAUGUCUCCUCCUCACCGUGAUGUCCUUCGACAGAUAUUUGGCCAUCUGUAACCCGUUGCGUUAUUCCUCCAUCAUGGACCUUAAGCUUUGUAGUUGUCUUGUAACUCUGACUUGGGUAUGCGGAAUCGUUUUUUCCCUUCCCCACAUUGUUCUAUUUAGCAGGAUGAUAUUUUGUGGGUCAGAUGUUAUAAACCAUAUUUUCUGUGAUGUGGUUCCUCUUCUUAGACUUUCUUGUUCUGACACCUCGGCUAAUGAGAUAGUAAUCACUGUCAUGUCUAUCCCAGUAUUGUUUUUUCCAGUAAUUUGCAUAACCCUGACUUACACAAAUAUCUUGAUUUCCAUUCUUCGUAUCUCCACCACCACCGGAAGACAGAAAGCCUUCUCCACCUGCGGCUCCCACCUGACCGUGGUCUGUAUAUAUUACGGGACAUUAGUAUUUAAUUAUGUCAUUCCAUCUAAAGGAGAAUAUUUAAGCCUCCAAAAGCUGGUUUCCGUACUUUAUACCAUGGUCACCCCACUGCUGAACCCCAUCAUAUACAGUCUGAGGAAUAGGGAGAUAAGAGAGACCCUAUUGAGCUUCAUAUUUAAGAGGAAGAGAGAAAUGUUCUCGAGAUGA